AUGCAGCUUUCAUCUCUUUUCCUAGCGGCCACAGCGGCCCUGCUUGCUCGGGCUGCCCCGGGUGAUUACCGACUCACAUCGAAGAAUGAGACGCUGAGCAAGUAUUCUUACGCCGGGGUUAAGCUCCACGACGAGUCGGGAUACGUCGUGUUCUCCGACUCCAGGAACAUGACCGAGAACGCCAUCGUUCGCCUGGAUGAGAAUGGCGACAUUGGAAGCAAGUUCACAUUGCGGAUAGUGGGACCGGCCAUAUGGGCUUUGCUGUCAACCGUCGUCACUUCCGUUGAACAUGCCGAUAUUACAAAGCCAUUUGCUGUGGAGAGUGUUGACGGUGUCGAUAAUCAGUUCGUCUACGCGGGGCCUGGGGAGUUCGAGUGGGUUGCCUGUCUGGUAGGGGGUGAAUACCGGGUUCAUUUGGCCGAAAAGUCGUAUGAAACUGGAUGCACCAAGGACAUCGGCCUCACUGCUGUGCCUGCCUGA